CUACCGGCAAAACUUGCCAAGGGGAACAAAAGGCCCCAGCUGGUCUAAAGAAAUAGCCGUUUAGAGAGCUCCGAUGCUCGGUCUAAAACCCACCCUCCUCUUCAAACGCUUUCCCUCCUUUCUCCCUUUCUCUACAAAUUCAACUUACAACAACCUUAACUGUCACUUCAACUGCUUCCUCUCUAACCAAACCUCAACUCUUCAAUCUCUCCUUCAAUCCCAUGCUCUCAUCAUCACAAGUGGCAAUUCGAACAACCUCUUCCUAGCGUCAAAGCUCGUCUCUCUCUACGCUUCUCUCAACGAGCCCACUUCUUCCACCAAAGUGUUUGAUUCGGUGUGUCCCAAAGACACGUUUCUUUGGAACUCCGUAAUCAAAUCCCACUUCUCCAAUGGCAAUUACUCGGACGCCCUUGAUUUUUAUGUCGAAAUGCGAGCAUCUGAUACCCCACUUGACCAAUUUACCAUUCCGAUGGUUGUUUCUACGUGCGCCGAGUUGUUGUUGCUUCACCAUGGCAACGACAUUCAUGGGUCGGCUUUGAAACUCGGGCUCUUUGCUGGGAAUUCCGCGGUUGGAUCUUCGUUUGUGUAUAUGUAUGCCAAGUGUGGUCAGAUGCAGGAUGCGUCUUCUAUGUUUGAUGAAAUUUGUGUCAGAGAUGUGGUUGGUUGGACCGCGCUUGUGAUUGGGUAUGUGCACAACGGUGAGAGUGAGAAGGGUUUGGAGCGUCUUUGUGAGAUGCAUAGGACGGGUGGCGAUGGGGAAAGACCGGCUUUUAGAACAUUGGAAGGUGGGUUUCAAGCUUGUGGGAAUCUGGGUGGUAUAGUAGAAGGUAGAUGUUUACACGGUUUAAUGGUAAAAACUGGAAUUGGGUGCGCACAAGUUGUUCAAUCUUCGCUUUUGUCUAUGUAUUCCAAGUGUGGGACCCCUGAAGAAGCGUACCUUUCCUUUUGUGAAGUAACAGAUAAAGAUCUUCUCUCAUGGACAUCGCUUGUUGGCGUUUAUUCGAGAUUUGGAUUUAUGACUGAGUGCUUAAGUCUGUUGUGGGAAAUGCUGGAGAGUGAAAUACACCCAGAUGGAAUUGUAAUUAGUUCUGUGCUUUUGGGUUUUGGUAAUUCCACGAGUGUCUCUGAAGGAAAAGCCUUUCAUGGAUUAAUUAUAAGGCGACAUUAUGUAUUGGAUCUGACAGUUCAUAACGCAUUAUUGUCCAUGUACUGCAAGUUUGGACUAUUAACUCUUGCAGAGAAGCUCUUUGGUAGAGUACCUGAACCGAACAAAGAGUCUUGGAGCACUAUGGUUUUUUACUAUGGUAAGAUAGGACAGGAAGCAAAGUGUAUAGAAUUGUUUACAGAGAUGCUACGUCUUGGCAUUGUACCUGAUUCAAACAGCUUGGUCUCUGUGGUUUCUGCAUGUUCUCAACUGGGAGCAACUUAUCUUGGCCUUUCACUUCAUUGCUAUAUAAUUAAAUGUUCAAUGGAUGAAAAUAUCUUGGUAACCAAUUCACUUAUAGGCAUGUAUGGAAAAAGUGGCAAUUUGAAUAUUGCAUGGAAAUUAUUUUAUGGGACACAGAGGGAAACUAUCUCAUGGAACACAUUGAUCUCAUCUUAUACUCAUAGUGGGCAUUAUGCUGAGGCUGUAGCGCUAUUUGAUAAAAUGAUUUCAGAAAAAUUGAAGCCCAACUCGGAAACAUUGGUGACAGUGCUUUUGACUUGUUCUCAUCUUGGAUCUCUGGAGAAAGGAGAAAGGAUUCACCAUUAUAUUAACGAAAGAGGGAUUGAGUUUAAUAUAUGUCUUGCCACCGCAUUGGUUGAUAUGUAUGCGAAAUGUGGGAAACUUGAACAAGCUAGAAAAUUGUUCGACACAAUGAAAGAGAGGGAUAUUAUAUCUUGGAAUGUGAUGAUCUCAGGUUAUGGAAUGCAUGGACAUGCAAAAUCUGCCAUAGAGAUAUUUCAACAGAUGGAGAAAUCAAACGUUAAACCAAAUGGACUAACCUUCCUUGCUCUUCUCUCAGCUUGUGCUCAUAGAGGACUUGUUGAAGAAGGGAAGUAUCUAUUUAAUAGAAUGCAAGACUAUUCCGUAGAACCCAACUUGAAGCAUUAUGCUUGUAUGGUAGAUCUUCUAGGGAGGUCAGGUAAUCUGCAAGAAGCUGAAACAUUGGUUCUGUCAAUGCCGUUCUCCCCUGAUGGUGGGGUGUGGGGGGCUUUGUUAAGUGCUUGUAAAAUUCACAAUGACAUUGAGACUGGAGUAAGGGUUGCCAAGUGUGCUAUUGAAACUGACCCAAAGAAUGACGGGUACUAUAUUAUGAUAUCCAACAUGUAUAGUUCUGUUGGGAGGUGGGAGGAGGCAGAAAGAGUGAGAGAAAUGAUGAAUGAAAGGAAUGUGGUGAAGAGAGCUGGUUGGAGUACACUCUAAGGUAGAUGAAUUGCCUUUGAUUCUUGUUGGGAAAUCUCUCUCUUACCCUUGGACUUGAUAAUUAUAAGGAGCUUUAGGAUCCAGCUCAAUUCUGAUGGCCAGUGACAGAAACGGGAAUACGUUAAUCCAGAUGGACCUGAAUUUUUCUUCGAUCCAAUGGCUAUUACUGCUGUUGUACUACUGUGGCUCACAGCUUGAUUUUCGUUUCUAUUGGAGAGAGUAACAUUUUUCAACUUGUUAUAUCCACUUGAAUCAAAUUGACGGUUAUGGAGAGGAUGUUCUGUAGAAACUGGAUAAGUUAUGUGGCAGUUCAAGCAAAAAGAUCCAACCUCUCGACUGCAGUCAUCUCUGCUAUUGAUUUGUAAAUGUUGAACUUCAUGCAACCUGGGGAGAGCAAGUCAAUAUUGUUGAAUGUUAGUGUUAAUAUUGAGGAAAGCAAAAGAUAGACUCAGCAGAUUAAUGAAUGGACUUCAUUCUUGCAUCCUAUACUUUUUACCAAUAGAUGAUGAGCGGUUACCAGCAUCUUACCAACUGGCUGGAAAAAGCUUCAAACAUCAUUCUCAAUGCUAACUUUGAGGUGAGUUGUUUCAGUAGCCCAUGUUGUAGCUAUGUAUUUAUUGUUAUUGGCAGAAUUAAUUUUAAGCCCUUUGGUGGAGCAUUGUUGGAUAAUAAUGAGAAUAGAAAUAACGAAGUCACUUGGACUACCU